AUGGUAUUUUAUCGGUUUAACAAACUCAUGAGAAGAAAAUCUGCCAACAAGUUGAAGAACAUUGUCCCUCUCCUUGACCGCGUUUUGGUUCAACGCAUCAAGCCUCAACAGAAAACUGCUUCUGGUAUCUUCAUCCCAGAGAAGGCACAAGAAGCUUUGAACGAAGGUACCGUUAUUGCCGUUGGUAAGGGUGCUCUUAACAAAGAAGGCAACCACAUUCCUCUUCAAGUUCAAGCUGGUGAUAAGGUUAUCCUUCCUCCCUAUGGUGGUAACCCUAUCAAGGUUGGACAAGAAGAAUACCUUUUAUUCCGUGACUCUGAAAUUCUUGCCAAACUUACUGAAUAA